CCCCGGCAACAUAAUCUCCCACUUAGCAAUCGUUCAUCCACCCCCGGAAGACAUCCGCCAUUCCAGCACGAUUAACUCCACCACCGUUUGCGUGUGUUUGCCGUGCACAGUAAUUGCGCGAUGGGAAAUGAUUGAUCUGGCGCAACCGCCCACCGCAGCCGCAUCACUCUCCGGCCUCUCUCUUGAACUGCGCAGCUGGCGCUGCCGGCUAUUAUAACGACGGGCGCUGUUUAGCUUCCGGUGGCCGCGCGCGCCCAGGAGAAUGGGAAGCCCUCGAAACUGCGACCCAUAUAUUGCGAGCCGGUCGCUGAUGUGGCUUAAUUUGCGUUAAUACGGUCGUGUAGCGCGUGCUGUGCUAUUGCCCCCUUUAAUUCCCAACAGAAUACUUUAUGUAUCUAGAAAUCCUGGUAUAUUGAUCAUUAUUAAUGUGCUGGAUAUAUUAGUACAUAAUUACAAUAGUACGACUGUACGCGUAUUUCUAUUUCGCAGAUGUUAUUUAUAUAAUACUAUUACUGAUUUAUGGUUGGGAAUUUUAUUACGUUGAUCAGCGUGCAGUAAUUAUGGAGUUGGGUGUGGUGGCCGUUAUCUUGUGGUUGCUGCCGAUCUUUGCCGGUUAUACGGUGGAGGCCAGUCCCGAUGCGGAGCGGUUAUUUACGUUUUUAAUGCGGGAUUAUAAUAAGUUUGUCCGCCCGGUCAACGAGACGAGGAACCCAUUGAAGCUGCGAUUGAGUUUGAAACUGAUGCAGUUGAUCGGCGUGGAUGAGGUUAACCAAGUUAUUACCACGAGCGUCAUCGCAAGACAGACAUGGCAAGACUACAAGCUGAUGUGGAAUCCGGAGGAAUUCGGCGGCAUCACCCGACUGGACAUCCCGGGGGAUCAGAUUUGGUUACCGGAUCUGGUGUUGUAUAACAAUGCGGAUGGAAAUUACCAAAUCACUCUGGUCAGCAAAGUGAAGGUGAACUAUACCGGGCAUAUCGAAUGGGAACCGCCUGUCAUCUACAAGAGCUACUGUCAGAUUGACGUCCGCUAUUUUCCUUAUGAUAAACAGAACUGUACUUUAAAGUUUGGUUCGUGGACGUACGAUCAGACGCUGGUGGAUUUGGAACCGGAACGGGAUUAUGUUGGUGAUGCGCUAAGAAUUCAAUACGGCAUGGAUUUAUCCGAAUUUAAGCGGAGUAUCGAAUGGGAUGUUAUGCAGACCCAGGCAUGGCGCGACCGGGUCGUUUAUUCCUAUGGACCUUACGUCGACAUCAAGUUUGAGUUUAUCAUCCGACGAAAGCCUUUAUUUUACACCGUGAACCUGAUGAUUCCGUGCGUGUUGAUUUCUUUUCUGACGGUGUUCGUCUUUUAUCUGCCGUGUGAUAGCGGCGAAAAAGUGACGCUGUGCAUUUCCAUUCUUCUGUCGCUGACGGUGUUCGUGCUCCUACUAGCCGAGAUCAUUCCGCCGACAUCUCUAGCGGUGCCAUUAAUGGGACGGUAUCUCCUGUUUACCAUGGUUAUGGUGACAUGCAGUAUUGUUUUCACCAUCAUUGUCAUCAAUAUACACUUUCGCAAUCCGGCCACGCACAAUAUCAACCCGGUGAUAAGGGCCAUCUUCAUUGACUACCUUCCGAAACUCUUAUUAAUUGAACGGCCGACGAUGAAAGACGGAGAGGACACCGAGCACGAGACGGCGGCGGAACGCGAUUACGAGCGGGAACGACAGCGCCGGUUUCUCCUGCAACAGCCGGGUCUGCUGGGAUUCGCCAGUCCCCGGCGCAAAGAUAAUAUCGAACUGAAUCGGGAUGCACGGAAAGCCAUCGACGGAAUUAAUUUCCUCGUGGAACAUGUCCGCGAAACGCAUAAUUUUGCCAACAUUGUCAAAGACUGGAAAUACAUUGCCAUGGUAUUGGAUCGGCUGUUUCUCUGGAUGUUCGCCGCGGCAUGCUUAAUCGGUACAGGAACGUUAAUACUAGAUUCCCCCGAACUCUACGAUUAUUCCAGCGAGCCCAUACCGAAGCGGUGUGAUAUACCCGGUCCCAUUAAAUACGAUAAGUGGAUCUGUUUUGUUCCCGAGGAAGAUGACAUUACGUACUGAUGACAUUGUGGCUGGUGCUCGUCUUGUUUUCUCAAGAUUUGACAGUGACCAGGGGAUUUAUCAUUAACUACAAAUUGCUGUGCAAAGGUCGUGCUGGAUCCUGACCAAAGUACUAAACCGUAGAAGCGAAUUUCCUCCCUUGGAAUUUCAUUAAAGAAAUAUGAUGUGUGAUAAGGCUCAUGGAAAAUAACUACAGUAGCAGUCAACAAUAAUGUUGUGAUAUAAUUUGUUUUCAUGGCACGGCUGAUGAAACGUGUACUGUAGAUGUUUGGUUAGGAUUUUGCGCGAAAUAUUUUGGA